ACUUCAAUGUCAAUGUCACGUUUUAGACAAACGUAAAAAUGUCUUCAGAGUGAUUUAAGCCUAUGGUUGAGGGUGAAAUAUGCUAAGAAGAACACAGACGGCUGAUCCAGGUCUAAAUGGCAAACCAUAUUUGGUUGUCAUCAUUCGUUUCAGCUCAUCGCGUAGCUUCCCUGUCACUGUUUUUGCCGGCAGUACAAUACGCGAACUGAAAAAUGAAAUUGCGGAGAAGCAGAAUGUGCCGGCAUCUGAUUUACGACUGAUACUGGCCGGACAGUCGCUCAAGGAUGAUUUUAAGUUGAGUAAAUUUUACUUCCGCUGUGGUCAUCAUGAGUCCAGCUCAGUGGAUGAAACGGCAAUUCCGCUAAAUCAUAUCAAACCUAACAGCCGAUUGGUGGAAUGUAUCACAUGUGCAGAGAAAUCGACACUGGUGCUAGUUUUCCCGUGUUCCUCAGGCCAUGCUAUGUGCCUAGACUGUUUCCAGAAUUACGGAGUGACGCGUCUCAAUAAUAGAACGUUCGUCAAUGUGGAGAAUGUGGGGUAUUCCUUGCCUUGUCCAGCUGGAUGUGAAAAUUCUUUCGUCCAGGAAAUCCACCAUUUCCAUCUUUUUGGGGAUGACCAGUAUGAGCGUUAUCACAGAUUUUCAGCAGAGCAAGUUUUACUGAGCGAGGGUGGGGUGUUGUGUCCUCGACCUGGCUGUGGGAAUGGACUAAUGCUGAACACAGAAAAGCGACGAAUCCACUGUCAGCCUCCUGUGGGUUGUGGGUAUCUGUUCUGUAAACAGUGCCUAGAAGAGUUCCAUGAAGGGGAAUGUGGAAUGGUACCAGUUCAGCCUCCUCUGACCGAUGAUAUAGCUGUGGAUGAGGAGUUAGCAGAGAGGUCCCGGUGGGAGGCAGAAACCCGAGAUGUGAUACAGAGAACCACCAAGCCGUGCCCAAAGUGUAAAACCAAGACUGAACAUUCAGGUGGUUGCAUGCACAUGACUUGCCCCCAGUGUAAAUUUCAGUGGUGUUGGAUUUGCGCCAAAGACUGGAACUUGGAUUGUCAGGGCUCUCAUUGGUUUGGCUGA